CUGGGGAACUUCACCAUGCGGCUGGAAGAACUCAAGAGACUCCAGCACACCCUGGAACAGGUCAAUGAUGGCAAAGACUCGCUCCAAAGCCAUCAGCUCACCAUGGAUGAAGAAAAUAAUAUCCAGGAAUAUCCUAUCAACCUCCAACCCUUGGAAUCCAAAGUGAAAAUCAUCCAGCGAGCAUGGCGUGAGCACCUGCAGCGCCAGGACCCGUCCCCAUCGUCCCCGGAGCUCCGGGACAGGCGCAGCCCAUCCCCAACGUCCCCAACGUCCCCAACGUCCCCAACGUCCCCAGUGUCGCCAAGGUCACCGUCCUCGGGCAAGAUGAGCAGGUCCAUCAGCAUGAACACCUUCUCCGACAGCAGCACCCCCGAUUCCCGGGAGGAUGGCAUGGAUUUAGGCAGCGACGCCGGCAGCGGCCGCUCCGGCUCGGAAUCCAACUCCAGCAAAGCCACGCCGUGCUCGGAGGGCAAGUCCUCGCCGUCCGCCGGCAGCCUGGACCUGGCGGCGCUGGACGACUCGGAGGAGGAGGAGGAGGAGGAGGGGCGCCGGAGCGCAGGGGCGCGGCCCCCCCGGGACCCGCAGCCCCCGGCCAUGGACUGGGCGGCCCUGGAGAGGCACCUGGCCGGGCUGCAGUGCCGGGAGCAGGAGCGCAAGGCGCGGGCCGGCCCCGCCUCGGCCCAGAAGAAUGAGCGGGAGUCCAUCAGGCAGAAGUUGGCUCUGGGCAGUUUCUUCGACGAUGGCCCCGGGCUCUACACGAGCUGCAGCAAGAGUGGCAAGCCCAGCCUGUCCUCCCGGUUACAGAGCGGGAUGAACCUGCAGAUCUGCUUUGUGAAUGACAGCGGCAGCGACAAGGACAGCGACGGCGAUGACAGCAAGACAGAGACCAGCCUGGACACGCCCUUGUCACCCAUGAGCAAGCAGAGCUCGUCCUACUCGGACAGAGACACGACGGAGGAGGAGUCGGAGUCCCUGGAUGACAUGGAUUUCCUCACCAGGCAAAAGAAGCUCCAGGCUGAAGCCAAGAUGGCCUUGGCUAUGGCAAAGCCCAUGGCCAAGAUGCAGGUGGAGGUGGAAAAGCAGAACAGGAAGAAGUCGCCGGUGGCGGAUCUGCUGCCACACAUGCCUCAUAUAAGCGAAUGCCUGAUGAAGAGAAGUUUAAAACCCACUGACCUAAGGGACAUGACCAUCGGGCAGCUACAGGUGAUAGUCAAUGACCUUCACUCACAGAUAGAAAGCCUGAACGAGGAGCUGGUGCAGCUGCUGCUGAUCCGGGACGAGCUGCACACGGAGCAGGAUGCCAUGCUGGUGGACAUCGAGGACCUCACCAGGCACGCCGAGAGCCAGCAGAAGCACAUGGCAGAGAAGAUGCCAGCCAAGUGAAUCCCUCAUCCUGCCUCUGUCCUGUCCAGGGAAUUCCAGAAUCCCAGUGUUGCUCAUUGACCAUGUCCCAAGCUUUCCGUCUGGUGAUUGGCCUCUGCUUCUUAAUUUAUUUUAAUUUUUUUACUCGUGCCACUAAAUAUCAGGCAUUUUAAUAAUAAUAAUAUUAUUAUUAUUAUUACAGAAACAAAGAGAAUUGUACAGUACUUAUAACAUUAUAAAUCAUGGGCGAGAAGAGAGAGUAGCUUAACUUUAUUUUUGGUCGUUUAGAGAUUUUUUUUUUGGGGGGGGGGGGGUGGAGGUUGGAUGAUAUUUUACCAUUGACUACUUUUUUAUUCCUCACUGUAGUUUCCAAAUAAAGAACCUGUUCUUGACGGUGCUAUACAAGUCAACAACAACAGAAAAAACAAAACAAAAUCCAUGCCUGCCUGGUAGUGACGUGGUAGCUUUCGGUGAUCUGUACAUUUUUGUCAGUUCUCAGCAUUCUGGGGAACGUUGACUCCCCGCCAUUCGUUUCUAGGUGUGCAAUUAACACUCGGUGGGGUGCAGAGAGUCGGAAGUUUUCUGUAUAAAGCUGUAAAAUAAAAAUUACCACCAUUGUUUCCUA